AUACAAAAUGACCACUGAUCCUUCUCAGCAACCCGAAACGGAUUCAUAUUUUAUCGAAAGUCUUACAAUAACAGCAGAUUCUGACGAUGGUUUUCAAUAUGAUGAAGUUACUUUUGAAGAACACUGUAGUUUGACUGAAGGAGAAGAGGAUUUGGAGGCAACGGUAAGGGCUAUCCAAGAACGUUCGGAUGACACUACCUCAGUUGCUCUAAACCUCGAUGCAUCCCAGCCCCGUGUUUCUCACGUUCCCGAAGUGUUGGACGACUUCCUCCGCAAUUUUCUUGUUAAAAUGGGAAUGAAAAAAACAUUAGAUUGCUUUCAAACUGAAUGGACUGAGCUAGCACACAAAGGUCUAUGGAACACAAACAAAAUCGAGUUGGUCCCAGAAGUGUACACGCAAAAUCAACUUCUGGACAGCCAGUUGAAGAACGCUCAAAGGGAACGGGACGAGUACAAGCAUGCGGCCUUGGCAGCAGCAGAUACACUGGUCAAGCUCCAGAAAGCCAGAAAUUUUCAUCGUCUACAGCACAAACGUGUGAUGCAAGAGAAAAACAGACUGAUAGAAGAUAUUAGAAAACUUAAGACCCACUGUUCCUCCUAUGAACCUGUUCUGAGGCAGAUGAAUGAGAAAUACCAAGUAGCUUUGAAGGAGAAGAUGCUGGCCAGUUUAGAGAGGGACAGGGCCUUAGGGCAGGCACACAGUCUAGAAGCCAGCCUCCAAAACACUCAACUUCUGUCAGCCACUGAGGAUCGUGGGGAAGACCUGAACCAGGAAGCGAGCUCUAAACCUGAUGUCAAGCUGGGUAGGGAAACCAAGUCCCAGAUGGUCAAGGUUAGCCGCAGUGAUCCCUCCAAAGACCUAACCAAGAACCCCAACAUGUCCAAAGACAUAAAGGACUCAGAGUUCCCGGUGGACAUGCGUGUCAAGCCCUGUCUGGCUCACAUGAAAGAUCUGUCCAUAUCAGCUCAAGACUCAGUCAAGGCCAACAGCUUCCACCUUACAAACACCUUCAAGGCCCACAGCCUGGCUGUCAGCUGCCUGGCUCUGCACCCCUGUAAGCAAGUGUUGGCAUGUGGAGGUGACGAUCUGGUCUGGAGGCUCUGGGGGCUUCCUGAAGGAGAGCUCAUCGCCACGGGGGAGGGCCACUCCGACUGGCUGUCUGGGAUCAGCUUCCACCCUGAUGGAUCCAGGCUGGCCACCACCUCUGGGGAUACCAGUGUCCGUGUAUGGGACCUGGCGCAGGGCCACUGUGUGCUGACCCUGGAGGGGCACACGGGAGCCACCUGGGGGUGCACCUUUCACUCAUGUGGGGAUUUCGUGGCCUCCUGUUCCCUGGAUUUCACUGUAAAGGUGUGGGACCUCCAGAGUGAGAGAUGCCGCUACACCCUUCGUGGACACACGGGCUCCGUCAACAGUGUUGAGUUCCUGCCCUUCUCCAACAACCUCCUGACCUCUUCUGCUGACAGAACCCUCUCUCUGUGGGACGCCCGCACCGGGCUGUGUGCCCUGUCCCUCUACGGCCACCGUAGCUCCUGCAACCACGCAACCUUCACCGCAGCCGGUGACAUGGUGGCUUCCUGCGAUGCCCUUGGCUUCGUCAUGCUCUGGGACGUGAGGAAUCCGCCGGCUCCUACGGUCACCGUGGAGACAGGGCCGCUUCCUAGCAACCAGGUGGCCUUCAGUCCAUCAGACCAGACGUUGGCGGUUGCCGGGGACGACGGUGAUGUGAGGCUGAUGGAUCUGGCUUUGUCCCAGGUGGCCCGUGUUCUAAAACAUGAGGAUGCAGUGCAGAGUGUCAUCUUUGACCACAAGGGGGAGUACUUACUGUCAGGGGUUUCUGACGGGCAGAUAUAUGUUUGGUCAUAGCAGAGAUAUUUAUAUUUAAACAAUUUACA